UGAUGAUGGUCCUAGCGCCUUCGGACCGCAAACAAAAUAAAAAAUGUUGCUUAACAAAAAGUCGCUCGUAUACCAGCAGUUAGUGGAAAGGCUCUUUGAUAAAUGCCAGAAGAUACAGGCGGACAAUGAGCGCUGUGUUAUGAGAGUUAAUGCCAUAAAAAAGACAUUGCGACGGCGAAAUUUCGAUGUGGAGAUGUUAAAGCGUCGACUGGACAAACAUGGCGAUAACUGGCGGUUAGUGCCCAUGGUGGCGCCACAUCCCAAGGGGAAAACAGAGCAAAAGCGACGAGGGCCGAAGCCGAAGAACAAACAAGCCCCAGAUGGAGGGACAGUACCAGCUACUCCCGCACGGAAGCCUCGGAAGCAGCGUGCAAGUGCAAAACAGCCGCAACCCAAUCUCAAUUCCACAAAGCAGCAGCAGCCACAUCCUGGAAUAUGCUGACAUUAAUUGAUUCUUUUAUAUGUAUAUUUAAGAGUCAAAGCUAAUACAUAAUUCUUAUUCAUA